AUGGCGCUCAAUGUCAACAUGGCGACUUCCAUGGACCCUUCGAUGUCAUGGAAAAAGACGAUACAAAUGCGGGUAAGGAGAAGAAACGAAAGGGAAAGUCUUCCAUUCAAGUCACUGAUCGAAACACAUAUCAAAUUUUCCAACCAGAUUGAGGCAUCCCGCUCACAGAAUGUCCAGCUCCAGGUCCAGGUGGAGCGCCUCCAGCAGGAGAACACAGAGCUCCAGUCCAAAGGACUCUCAAGCCCUGGCCCGGUUGAGAACCUUGGAAAAGGCAGCGCAGCGUACCGCCAUCUAGAACAAAAGUGCUUCAAGCUAAACGAAGAACUCACUGAUGUGCACAGAAAGAAAGGGGAGAAUGCUCAGCAACUGAUAGACCUUACAGCUGUACUCAAAACAAAGGAAACAGAGUUACAGAAGAAUGAAGAAAGUUUGAAUGAAGCCCUUAUCAGAGUUGGUGCUUAUGAAGAUGAAAUUAGGAAUCUGGAAACAGCUGUUCUAGAACUUAGAAAAACAAAUGAGAACUUAAAAGAUGAACUACAGAACAUGACGUUACUCUGCACCAAGAACGAGGAGGCCCUCUACAAACUUCAAGCGGAGAACGCAGAGCUCGUCACAAGGGUGAUGGACGAGAAGGGAAGGGAUGCAGACCGUCUCAACAGCACCAAUGCUAUCAUCCAGGAAGUUCUGAAUGACAAGUUAAAGAAAGAAUUAGAGGAAGCUGCUUCAGAGAAGCCUACACCAAAACAAGAAUCACGAAGCAGUGCUGCCGCUACUGCCCCGGAAAACAAAAUAUUUCGCAGAUCACCGAGUUGGAUGAUGAAAUUUGGGCCAGGUUCGAUGUCAGCAUCCACUCUUCCAAGGGGCCCCAUCUUGCCACCCCCUAUCUCCUUCGUCAUGAGUGUGCCCGACAAAAAUAUUGCCCAGUUUGAAGCACACGAUGGCGAGGUUCACACCGUCAAGUUCUGUCCUUCAGGGAAUUUCUUUGCCACGGGUGGUGCCGACAGACAACUCAAACUUUGGGAAUUCUUAAAUAAUUCUUGUCAAAAUCGAGGUGUACUUCUCGGGAGCAACCUUGCGGUGACGUGUAUCGACUUCGAUGAUCAAGAGCAGCUCAUUCUUGGGGCAGCCAACGACUGCGCUAUCAGGAUAUGGGGGACGCAUGAUCAUAGGUUACGGCAAACGUUAACGGGCCAUAGCAAUAAAGUUUUAGCUGCAAAAUUCCUCAGCGAUCCCAACAAGUUUGUUUCUGGAAGCCAUGACAGGACACUCAAGAUUUGGGAUCUCAAAAGUAGAGCAUGUACACGAACAAUGUUCGCAGGUUCCAUGUGCAACGAUCUAGUAACAAGUGAUGGUGCCGGCACCAAUAUUAUCAGCGGUCAUGUCGACAAAAAGAUCAGGUUCUGGGAUGCAAGAUCAAAUGCAAGAACAAAAGAGAUCCAACUCAAUGGUAAGGUGACCUCACUUGACCUUUCACCCGACCGGCAAUUCUUAUUAUCUUGUACGAGAGAGGACACAUUAAAGAUUGUAGAUCUUCGCAUGUAUCAAGUUAUCACGUCCUGUAGUGCGGAAGGCUUCAAUGUGGGGUGUGACUAUACCAGAGCGGCCUUCAGCCCUGACGGUGAAUACGUGACGGCGGGCUCACAAGAUGGAUCAAUAUUCUACUGGAAGGCAAAGAGCGGAGAGAUAGAGAAACAGAUCAAGGAUCACAAGGGACCAGUGAUAUGUGUUUCAUGGCAUCCGUCCGGCAGGCAACUCAUCAGCUGCGAUAGAGCCAAGAAUGUCAUACUCUGGGCCGACUUUUGAUAGGAACUGAACUAGUCCAGGAUCUGGACUGACUUUUGAUUGGAACAUGACCUGGUCCAGGAUCUGGACUGUCUUUUGAUUGGAAUAGGACCUGAUCCAGGAUCUGCACUGACUUUUGAUAGGAACAGCUCCAAGAUUUGGGCCGACUUUUGAUAGGAUCAGGACCUGGUCAAGGAUCUGUGUCAAGUCCAUUCAUCAGAACGAUUUGUCUUUCAGGUGUAGCAAUAUCCAUUCACCACCGCUUAUGGAAGAGAAAUUUGACAAAGCUUCGACCCGUCCAAGACUCUUAUACAUUGGGCCAACAUUCACUGAGAGCGAAAAUAGGUCCAGCUCCUGUUCCAAGAUACUGUACCUUUGGGCCAAAUUCAGAUUCUUAUAUAGCAAUUCAUUAUUGACCACAGACCUAAUUUAUACUGCUAUUUUCUGAUCUGAGGAUACUGUAUGUCUAUAAUACUGAAUCAAGGCAAACUUCACAGGACCCUGAAAUGAAAUACAACUCCAUAAAUAAAAAAAUUUAAUUUCAACAAAUAAGAAGGGCACAGUAAGGACUUGCGUAUCAUCGUUAAUUUGUGUAUAAAAUAUAAUUCUUGUUGCAAUGAACCACAAUGUCCUGCAUCUGUCCAUUCUACUUAAGCUGAAUAUCAGGCUUUCUGAUCCAGUGUAAUGAUGCUGUCUCUGAUCUAUGGUCAGUCCUCUUAUUGCAAUGAGUAGGGUAUCAGAUGACAUGCACCCCAAAUUCAUGACAAAAAGUGAGAAUAUCACCAAUCCUACAUGUACAAUCUCACAAAAAUUAUUUUAAAAAGCAACUUUCUUUCGGAGUAGAGCACUGGUUAGAAUUAGUUUUAACCACGCCUCUCUAAACAGUCAAUAUUUAGGUCUUAACCAAAACUGUUAUGUUGCCCUCAUCCGACCCGCGGUAAAAUGUGAAAAAAAAACAGGGUCGCUAUUUUUCAUAUAUUAUUUUCAGCAGACCAAAAAUAAACAAACGUAAUGGAUAUUUAAAGAAAAAGUCGUAUUUGAGCAAAGAAUUUGUUCAACUUUGUAUUCAGUGGAUUAAAAAAGUACUUUGAUGUGACAAAAUGUGUGGCAGGGAGAUAAUUAUUGCUUCAGGCGAUUUCUCCCCUGAACUGCUAAAAAACCCUGGAAAAGGAAAAAAAAAGUAGCCCUGCCAUAUCCCCAUUCGCUGCAAUAUUGGAGCUUAUCCAAUGUAGCAGAUUUAUGCAGUAGGUUGGGAAAUAUGCAGCUUUCAUAGAAAGUCCAUAGGAGGGCAAGGUAGUUUUGUGAAAAAUCACCUUUGAAGCAUUUUCAAUAAUAGGGAAAUUUUAAGGGUAUCAAGGCCAUCGAAGUGGGCACCUAUAAAAGCAAUUAAAUUCAUCGCCUUCGGUCAACGCUAGCCCUGGGAAUAUGUAAAUUGUCAUUUAGUUUAGAUUUUUCUCUCAAGUGCUAUGAAUGGACUAUUUGUCUUAAAAUCUUAAAGGGACUUUGCAUGACAGGAGGAGAGUGCUUUGAAAGUUUUCAGUAUUAUGUGCAAAUUAUAGAGCAUAAAUUUGAGUACUUUAUUUAGCAAGUAUAUUAUAUUUACUUCCUUCAAAAUUAGUAUUUAUAUAGCGACUUUCAAUUCGUAUUAUUCUUGAGUAAUUUGCAAAGGAAUUUUCCUUUCAUGAGUUUUGCAUAUUUUUGCACAAUUUUCAGUAUUAGAAUGAGAAUUACCAGUGGCAGAUCUUUUUGUGUG